AUGCUACGGCUGAUUGCAAGGUAAGUCGGCAUUUAUUUUUGCUUUUCUCCAUAAAUGAUUUAUCGUCUAACCACGGUGAUAGUGAGAGCUGGACAUUCGAGAGUUCGAUGAAACAUGAGACAGAUUGAAAUAAAAGUUUCGAAGUUGACUAGAAGAAAAAGUUAUAGUCAUCGUUUUGCAGAAACUGUCAAGAUUUUACGGACGAAAGCGAGAAGAAAUUUAGGUUGUCGAUCUCUAACCACUUUCGAACAAAAAUUGAUAAUGGUUUCUGCAAAUCGCAGGUUAAAACUUUCCCGUAUAACUCAAAAACUUCGAUUCUAAAUUUGGGUCAUGUUUCAUGAUGAUUAAAGGUUCUCACUAUCACAUUACUUUCUACACAUUUUACGACCUUUGCAAAAUCAUCACUAAUAAAUUUUGGGUCUCCAUCGCUUUAUUGGCCCAAAAAUACAGUGCACCUGAUCCAGUGGCAAAGAAUGUAUCAUUUUGCAUCCGGGAGGUAUCAAAAAAUGUGGCAGAAUGCCUCCCUCUUCAACUAAAAAACUCCGGUUUGAAGGGUCCUCACAAAAAGAGCGGACGCGCUUUUGAAAUCGGAGAUUUUUCGCUUGCAGAGGGAAGCCUUUUGCCACGUUUUUGAUACUUCCUGGAUGGAAAAUGGUACGGUUUUCUUUCAUAAACCAUAAGUCCAUAACACCUUUUUUUACUGAAGCAAAUCUCUCAAAUACUACGAAUUCGCUUAUAGGUUUUGCACGUUGUUUAUCACACUCUCGACCUUAUCCAGUUUCCAUUCCACACAUGAAGCAUCAGCACAUCCAUUAUAUUCCCCGCAUCUCCAGAAGAUUGGGGUAGGUCAUUAAUCCUCCGAAUUGCCUACGCGGAUUCGGAUUUUUUUUGCAAAAAUUCGGGUUGAAAAUUUUUACAAAUUUAUAGUUUUUGGUAAUUCGUCUCAUUUUAACAAAAACCACAUACGGUACAUAUUGCCAAUUUUUCUCUGUUUUCCCCCAAAUUUUAUUCACACAUCCGCUCAUCCCUCACGUGCUCAUAAAUGUAUAAUGCGGAGGGCUGAGUGUAUUUACUCUUCGGUUGACGUUAUAUUAUACCGCCGCGGGGAGGGAUGAUUAGCCCACUGCGUGGGAGAGGGUUACGCGCGCAGUUGAAAAAGUAGCAUUGUUAGUUGAUGGACGCGGCGGCAGCUACGGUAGAGAGAGGGCAUUCGGGCAAUCAAAAAGUGAGGAUUAGAAGUAGUGAAGAGUAAUGAGGGGAUCUUGGAGAAUUUUCGGUGAUCCUUGGGAAUUUACCUAUCAGUUUGGAGGAGAAUCAGUUGGCGCGAAAUAUUUUGGACGAUAACUUUUUGAAUUCUGCUUGGAAAAAAUGAUUUUUUAGGCUUUACUGGGCGGGACAAAAAGUCUUGACAUGUUUGCAGAGUGCGUCAUCGUGCGAAAUUUGGGGUGUCCAGUUGGGUAUCAGUCUGUCGGAAAAAUAAUGAGCACUCUGUCGCAUCGAAAAUCGCACCGCCGUCGAGAAAAUAAAAUGUGUCGCGGUAAACAAAACUGUUUUUCACCUCAGCGACACAAUCGGGGCAGCGAAAUUUUUUGCUCAUUAUUUUUCCGUGAUACCCAACUGGACACCCCAAAUUUCGCACAAUGGCGCACUCUGCAAACAUGUCAAGACUUUUUGUCCCACCCAAUAAAGCCUAAAAAAAUAAUUUUUUCCAAGCAGAAUUUAAAAAAUUAUCGUCCAAAAUAUUUUGCGCCUAAUUUCCUUACAUAAUUGCAAAACAGAUCGUUAGGUAUCUCAGUUUUGGCCUGGACCGUUUUCCUUCUCAAUAGAUCAUCAAUUUCUCCAGACAAUGAUCGCAAAAGGUCUUUAACGUAAAGCUUUCAUUUAGAGCCCUCACACCCUCUUCGAGACGCUAAUUUUACAAAUUUCGCAAUUUCCCCAGGGCAUUAGUCAAAUUCGUAACGCAAGCAGAGGAAAAAAAGGAUGCGAAGUGACGUAGAGGUAGCUUUCAUGAGUAAAAAUAACUUGGUUUAUCAUAGACCGCCCUUUUGGUUAGUUCAAGCUAAUGAUCAUCGAUUAAUUUUAUUUGAUGAUUUCAUCAAAUAAAAUUUGAUGACUUCAUCAAAUAAAAUUGAGGAAAUUUUUUGAAAAUUUUGAGGAAAAAUAUUUACAGUACCUAAAAAUGGCGAUAAAAAUUAUUAUAGCAUCUACAGUGAGGGACCUGAUCCAAUGGCAAAAAAACGUACCAUUUUGCAUCCGGGAAGUAUCAAAAAUGUGGCAAAAUGCCUCCCUCUCCAAGUGAAAAAACUCCGAUUUCAAAAGCGCCCGCUAUUUUUGUGAGGGGCCUUCAAAACGAAGUUUCUUCACUUGAAGAGGGAAGCAUUUUGCCACAUUUUUGAUGCUUCCCGGAUGCAAAAUGGCAAACUUUUUACCACUGGAUCAGGUCCCCACUGUAGAUGGUAUAAUAAUUUUCAUUGCCAUUUUUAGGUCUUUAAAUAUUUUUUCCCAAAAUUUUCAAAAAAUUUCAUCGAUUUUAUUUGACUCAUUUCAGGGUGAAAUACGACAAAGUUUAAAGCUAGUGCACUUUCAGGUCUACCCGAAAGAAACGUCGGUUUCUUUGCGAGAAUUCGUUUCCGACAUGAAAUUAUGUGAAGAUGAAUGCCGCUACGAAUCGUUAGCUGAAUGUCAGCGAUGUCUCACCGUGGCGCGAUUGGAAAACGACAGUUCUCAACCGUCCGACGACAUCAUAGAGCAUGUUCUGAAGACCCACAAAAUCGGCCGGAAUUCGAAUUCCAAAGGCCUUGAAGUGGCGCUACAUGCGAAGCGGAUAAACGAACGAGACCUCAACGAUCUUCUCCGCAACACCUGGGUGGGGUAG